AUGGGGCCAGCACCCGAGCAGAAAGGCGCCGGGACGCCUUCAGCGCCACCCGCGACAAAUGGAGAAGCUGGAAAGACAGCCGAACCUCUCAAGGAAGCAGAGACAGUCACAGCCGAGAUGGCGGUCGCUCAGGAAACAAUUCCCGUCUGCGAGGUUGCCCAGCUGAUCCAUGAGUUGCGUCUCCCGGAGGAAACUGGACUUCACGCAAACACCAAGGAGCGCCUCCUUGAGCUCAUAAAGAAGAAUGACAUGCUCCCUCUGUACCAGCAAGUCUGCGAGGAGUUCCGCUGGCCUGUGGAUCAAACCCUUGCUCAGUCGAUGGAAAUGAAGCACAAGGAAGAACUGGAGGCGAUCGAUGCACGUCUCGAGGAGGCGAAGGAGAAGUACGGAGACGUGGAAGUCCGAGAUGCUCUUCUGAGCCGCGCGAAUUUCUACUGCCGCAUCGGAGACCUCAAGCAAGCAGUGAAGGCGUACGACGUGGCGUAUCAGAAGACCGUCGGGACCGGUGGAAAGAUCGACAUCACCCUCACCCUCAUUCGUCUCGGUUUCAUUUUCUCCGACCAGGAGCUCGUCAAAAAGUACCUCGCUCGCGCUGAAGAAGAACUGGAAAAGGGAGGCGACUGGGAAAGGAGAAACAAAAUGAAAGUCUACAAGGGCUUACACCUCGUCACCUGCCGCCAGUUCAAAGAAGCGGCGCAACUGUUCCUCGGUGUGCUGGCCACCUUCCCGACGUGUUCGCUUUUCUCUUUUGAAAAGUUCAUCUUUUACGCCGUUCUUCUCGCCCUCCUCACGGAAGACAGGCGCGCGCUGCGGGAACAGCUCCUCACUGCACCACCCGUUCUUGAAGGCGCCGACGAGGAGCUGAAGAACUUUUUGCGCGGCUUCUUCUACGGCCGAUACCGCGAAUUCAUACGCGUGAAAUGCGACUUGUACUUGGGUCGGCACUACCUCUACUUUAUCCGUGCAAUUCGCCUGCGGGCGUACGCGCAGUUUCUCGAGCCGUACAAAUCUGUGACGAUCGACAACAUGGCGACUGCAUUCGGUGUCUCUCCUUCGUUCAUCGAGGCAGAAGUCAGCAGCUUCAUCUCCUCUGGAAAGCUGAGCUGUCGCAUUGACCGCGUCAAUGCGGUUAUCGAAUCGAACCGUCCGGACGAGAGAAGCCGCUCGUACUUGAGGAUCCUGAAACAGGGCGACUUGCUCCUCAACCGGAUUCAAAAGCUCUCGCGCGUUAUUGCGAUGUAA